AUGGCAGCAGCAAAGCCCAAAGGACAGAACUCUCUGGCCCUCCACAAAGUGAUCAUGGUGGGCAGUGGUGGAGUGGGGAAGUCAGCCCUCACUCUGCAGUUCAUGUAUGACGAGGUAAGAAAUAAUAUUUGUCAGAAGAGCAUGUUUUUCAGUCAAGGUUGGCUGUUUUGGGAGGCCUACUUCUCUUCUGGAUAACAUACGUUUUUGGCCUACAUCCAACUAGGCCAGGGGUGGGCAAACUUUUUGGCUCGAGUGCCAAAUCAAUAUAUAGAUAGAUGGAUAUAGAUUUGGCCCUCGAGCCAAAAAGUUUGGCCACCCCUGGCCUAGAUAGUUGGUUGUAGGCCAUAAACAUCUGUUAUCCAGAAGUUAUUUCAAAAUAUAUAGGUCCAUUAUCAUUUCUACAUUCUGUCUGAAUUUAGAUGUUCAAGUUAGGGAUGCACCGAUGUGGAUGUUCUGGGCUGAUACCGAUAUCCAAUUUUCUUUUUCAUUUUAUGGUCUUUUUAACCAUUGUAGCACAGAAACUGCAGGUACAUUUCUAUGUUCAUAAGGCUAAUAAGAAAAUAUGUCAUAACUUGAAUAUGGUAAUGGAGUUACUAUUUGCAUCAGUAUGUGACUGAAAUGCAUCAAAUGUAUUGGGAAGUUCAGGAAAACAUCAGGGAAGCUCAUCAGGUAAUUAUUGUUUGUGUAGAAAGGAAGUCCCUUAUGUCUCCUGCUCGACUGGUGAGCGCUGUAGAGAAUCCCCCCCCCCCCCCCCCCCCCCCCAAAAAGAAAACAUGUACGUGUCACAACCGUUCAAAAGUUAAAGCCAAAUUUGUACAAAGAGAACUGAAACCGCUCUGUCUGUAUGAAACCGCUAUGGCGGAUAUCUGAGUUUACUCACGUAACUAUGGUUCUAUGAACUAAGCGGCACGUUCAGUUGACAAGAUACAAAAAUAUUCCAGGAACCUUCUGGCGGUCUAAACCAAACGUCAGUUUGGCCGGCCUUGAUCUAGGCUUAUCUCAUUACCCCAAUUUUGCGGUUGUGUGCAUAAACUCACUUGGUAGUAAUUGAUUGUGUGUUGAUGCUACCCCCUUAGUUUGUUGAGGACUAUGAACCAACCAAAGCGGACAGCUACAGGAAAAAGGUAGUUCUGGACGGGGAGGAGGUCCAGAUAGACAUCCUGGACACUGCAGGACAAGAGGACUAUGCUGCCAUCCGGGACAACUACUUCCGCAGUGGGGAGGGCUUCCUCUGUGUCUUCUCCAUCACUGAGGCAGAGUCGUUUGCAGCUACAGCAGACUUCAGGUUGAGCAGCACGACAACUCCAUGUGGUUACAUGUCAUAGUCCCAUAGUUGUUAAAUGUCAUAGGUCCACUGUCAUCUAAUGACUCUGCUCUGCAGGGAGCAGAUCUUGCGGGUGAAGGAGGAUGAGAGUGCACCCUUCCUCCUGGUGGGGAACAAGUCUGACUUGGAGGACCGGCGGCAGGUCAGCGCGGAAGAGGCCAAGGCGCGUGCUGAGCAGUGGGGCGUGUGCUACGUGGAGACCUCUGCCAAAACCCGUGCCAAUGUCGACAAGGUGAGUCAGACGGGUUGAGGUGGGUUGCAUCUACCAACCAGGGCUCAGCAGUCUGCUCCCAGCUCCUCUACAUUCACAAACUGCAGAGAAGGUUGUCUUGGAUGUUACAUAGUAACAUGAUGCCAUAUCUGUAGACGGACUGUGUUUAUACUCGUCUUUGCAGGUAUUCUUUGACUUGAUGAGAGAAAUCCGAGCGAGAAAGAUGGAGGACAGUAAAGAGAAAAACGGCAAGAAGAAAAGGAUAAGUUUGGCCAAGAGGAUUAGAGAGAGAUGCUGCAUUUUAUAGUGACAAGGGGGCCAGUGAUGACUGCUUUAUGUAUAUACAUAUUUCACCUAUUUUUGCAUUUGAUUUGUGCCCAUAGAAUCCCCUUACUCCUGGUUCUGGUACCCAGGGAUUCUGGUCUUGGAUCAGAAGUAA